AUGCAAGCUCGAAAGAAAAGUCCUCAACAAUCGCGAUCACCUAACCGACUUAUUGGGGCAGAAUGGAACCCAACGACAUGCCAAUCAAUCGAGGCCUCAAAUUCUCCUCUUCACGCCCGUCUGGGCCUCUCUAGCCAGCCGGAGGUUGUCUCCAAGCCCUCCGUCCCUAAGAGACGAGAAGGUGAGGCAAAGGAGCAAGAGAAGCAGGAACAGGAGACGGAAAAGGAGAAGGUAAAGGAGGAGGAGGGGAGGAAAGGAGAGGAAGAGGAGGUGGAAACCGAGGCUGGUUACGAGAAGCAGUCGUCCGGUAGUGAAAAGGAGCCCGAGGGACCGGGUGACGCGGAAAACUGGAAAACGUUGGUUCCGACGACCGGACAUCGAACGGAUAUUCCAGUCCCACCGAUUGGGCACCUGCCGACCUACCGUCCCAGCCAGAUCGGGUCACCCGGACAUGCCGGCCUCGACAUCAAAGCCACCUCCUCAAAAGGCAGCCGGUCUGCGAAGCUAUCGGAUGCCCGACUGCCCACUUCUGACUCCUCUCCCUUCCUUGCCACUCUGGGUUCCAGAAAACCCACCCGGUUGCCAGGUGAACCGAUCGGACCGGUCGGCUAUCUGGCAGAAACGUGCACGCAAUCGCUCGUCUUUGAGGCGCCUCCAGGUCGAGUGAUCGGCUCCGUGCGUCAAGAGUAA